GUUUCCGUCAAGUAAAACCUCGGGUCCUAAAAACUAGUCAUUUCCUUCCAAUUCCUGGGGGAUAACUCCGGAGUACUGGAUCAGUCAGGCAUUCCCCUCCUGGAGGAGAGCCCGGCUCGCCAAUCGAUAUUCUCCCUCCGUGGACACUACUGAAAAGUGUGCGACUGGGCCGGAGGGUAGGGGAGGGGAACGCGUGAUUUAUAGAAAUAAAAAAUUAUCGAUCUCAAAAUUUUAGGUGACAAAAGAAAAAGAAUUUAAAUAAUUAAGUAGUUACAAAACACGAUUAAGCGGACAAUUAAUUGGAUUGAGUGAGAAAAAAAGAAUUUCCAAACUGGCACUGCCGAAAUCAUUAGGAACCGAGGGGAUUAAUACCAAAAUUAAAUGAUAAAUAAAUUUGAAUGGUUAAGACACGUGUUCAUGGGUCAGUUAAUCAUGGAGGAGAAAAUCGAAAUGGGAGAAUGAUUUUUAGAAUUUAAUAAUCAAUUGCAAAUGUACACGAAUUACCAAUUUUCCACGCUUUCACGACUCUCAAACGUGCUCAGCUGAUUCAAUAAUUAAUAAUUUAACGAUUGAUAAGUAAUCACCGAUUUAUAUUUCAUUAAUGGAGCGUCCAUAAUUUUAAUAAAAUUACGAACCAUUUAGUGAAAAGCUGAACAUAAAAGUAUUUCUAAGGCCUGAUAAUUUCUUAUAGAGCAAAAAAAAUGAUUCCAAAAAUCAAUGGAAAAAAAAUUGAUUGAAUGAUAGGCUAGAUUUGAGUCGUGUCAUUGCAAUUGAGCGAAUGAAUACAAUAGAAGAAUCAGGGAGAAAAUAUGGAUUAAUGUAAAGAUAUGUGAAAGAAGGUUUAAUCGAGGGAAAAAGUACAAAAGAGGGAGAAUUUUUGAAGAAUUAUUUUUCUCGUAAGUGGGGAAAAAAAUAAAUCAGAUAACCUGGAGUCUGACGGGGAGUCCCGUUGCGAGCUGGGAGACUUGAGACGUAGGGUGGAGAAGUACGGAUACAUAAAUCGAGGUUCCUUGGGUCGUUUCGACCCAAGUGCUGCCUCGAUAAUUGAUUCCGACGAGUCAACGGUGAUAAUGGGCGCCCAGCAGGAGGAGGAUACUAAAUCGAGUACUGCUGGGGACAUUGGAAAUGUUGAUGCACAAAUUCCUCUUGCUGAGAUGCAGAGUUUCGUGGAAAAAGCGAAAUUCUAUACUUCAUUGUGUCUUGGAACAACAGCGAUACUGGCGGUUUUUGGAUUUUUAUUUCUUAUUCCCUUCGUGGUGGAGCCAGCUAUAUCAACGAUUCUCGCCGAUUUUUCACCGCAUGCUGUCGCUUGUGUGGUGACGGAACAUGUCUAUGUGGAGGGGCUGAAGAAUUGUUCUUGGGCGAGUUGUAGAGAGGGCUGUACUAGUGCUGCAAUCAGAUGUCAUCAGGUCAAAGUCAAUUACUCAAAACUACCGUACGAGGAUUUCACAAAAAAGCCAGUAGGUACAGUACCAUGGGACGUCGCGGAUACAAAAUUUUUCAUCAACACAGAAGGUUGUGGAUAUCCACCAAGAGUCAAUUGUUCAGAAUUCGCUAAGAAAUUUGGCUACCAGAACAUGGGGAAAAUUUUCCCAUGUUACUACAGCAGAACUUAUCCAGAGACUGUGGUUUCCAGGUACUCUUGGGACGAAAAUCUGAGGCAUUUGGUGCUUGCUCUAGUGACCCCAAUUGUCCUAUUCAUUGUCUCCUUGGGUGUACUUUGUUACUGGUACUGUCCACCCAUGGGAAAGACUUGCGGUGGCCCUGGACGUAAUUUAAUAGAUAAAUAUGCGCGAAAGGAAGAUUUGGAACCAUUAUUGCAGCAUUCUUGCGGAGGACGAAUUCGAGGAAGACGAAGAGGAGUACUGAUUGUUACCGAGGGCUCACCCCCCAGCGAGGGAGUGACGCCUGAUCCCACCAUCGCAGAGUCUAGUUUACUUCACGUUUUGAAUUUCAAUGAGAAUAAUUGGCCUGUCAUAGCUAACUAACGAACAUCCUCUGAGUCCAAUCCCAAAUUGGCUUCUACAACACCAAUAAUCGCUUUAUAGCCGCCAUUACCUAAACUGUCAGCUCACUAAAACUAAAAAUAAAUACAACAACGAUUUUUAAAAACAAUUUUUUAUAAUGUGAGAGGCGAUUGAGUAAUGAAACAGCGUAAAGUAGGAAAUUCUUUAUAAUUACAUUGCCAAAUUAUUCAUGGUGAAGGCACUAGGCUCGAUUGGAUCAGUAUUCCUGGGGUUAGAGACACGUACAGAGAGUUCAUUUGAAUAGAAACGCAGGAAUAAAUUACACACAAUGCUGAGGAGUUUGCAGCCAAUCUUCCAAUCAAUGAAAUCGUCUCAUUUAAUUUAAUUUACCCAAACUUUCAACAAUUUCAAUUAGUUUAUGGUAAAUUAGUUUUUUUCAAUUUCACUGAUUUUUUUGUUUGUUAAUUGGACAUUUAUCCACCCCCUAAUUGCAUUAAAAAAAUGCUCGGCUACUGAACGCAUAAUUCCGUAGUGAAAUGAUAGAAUGAGAUGAACUAAAAAAUUGCAAAUUAUUUCGUAAAUAUAUUUGGAAAAAAUACGUUCAGUGAAUUUCAUCAAUAGUAUUUUCUGCGUCGUUAUCAAAUUAAUAAUUUUUUCGAUAUAAAUUCUUGUUAAUUAUUGAAUUAUUUUCAA